CACUGAUAGGUGGCACUGAUUGGCAGCACUGAUAGGUGGCACUGACUGGCACUGAUGGGUGACACUGAAAGGCAGCUCAGAUGGGCACUGAUAUGUGGCAUUAAUGUGCACUGGUAGGCACUGAUAUGUGGCAUUGAUGUGGCACAUGCACGUGGCACUGUUCAGCACUGGCAGCUGGCACUGAUGGACACUGACAGGUGGCACUUCUGGGGCCACACUGAUCAUCAGGGCACACUGAUCAUGAGUGCCCUGAUGAUCACUGUCAGCGUGACAGCUCAUGAGGAGAGAAAUGCCGAUAACCGGCAUUUCCUUAUUUACAUGCGAUCAGCUGUGAUUGGA